AUGUACAGCCCCGGCGAUUCACGCACGGUGCAUUUCUCAUCUGUCCAGAAUCCCAUCAACGUCGCCUACGCCCACUCACCUGACACCUCGCAGACGUCGCUCUCCCCAACCCUGGAGGGGAGCUACGUGCUUCUAAUGUCGCAUCCCUUCUCUCCGCAGCUCCCCAACAUCGCCUCCGCCUCCAACAGCACGACUGACUACGGAAACAAUCGUAUCCUGGCCCCCGACUCGGGACAUCGCCGCGCCACCGCGGAUACCUCCAGCGCCUCCGCCUCUGUCGUCCCCAGCAACGCAUUUCCUGUGGGCAACUUCUCGUUGGUGAAGCCGCCGCAGCCGACCCUCUACAACCCAAAUUGCAUGAGCCCCGGCGCAUCCUUCGCUUCGCCGUAUUCCGGUCUGCCGCCGCUGUUUUCAUCGCAGCCGAACAGCCCGCAGCUGAUGCAGCAGCACUUCGUGGUACAGCAGCAGCAGCAGCAGCCACCGCCGCCGCCGCAGCAGCAGCAGGCGAGCAGCCCGCAGAUGUUUGCACAACAGAGCAGCGGUGGGGUUCCCGCCGCAACGCAGACCGUCAUGCUGCUCACCGCAGAGCCCACCGUCACCCCAAGCGGAUCCUUCUACUCUCUUCAGCCUGCCUCGCCGCAGAUGGCGGCUGCAGCAGCGAUGCAGGGCGGCUCAACGCAGAUCAUCUCACCGCUGCACCUCUCUACGCCUAACCCACAGGCGGGCAGUGUGCAAGGGCAGCUUGCGUACUUCGUGAACCCCGCCGCACCGUCUGGCGUGAUGUCCUUUUCCCACUUUCCGGAGGGUUUUGUGGCCAUCCAAGGCCCACCGCCUUGGCAGGGCCAAACCUCCGUGGCGGUGCAGCAUCCGGGCUCGUCCGCGCCUCCCUCCUCUCCGUCGUUCUUCACCGUCUCCGGUGGGGGAAGCGCGCUCACCAUGCAGAGCGUCGUGCCCUCCUACGCGUCACACGCCUCUAGCACGCCACCCGUCGCCACUGCCGCCGCCGCCGCCGUCCCGCGCUACAGCCCAGGCGGCGGAGGCCACCACCACGGCGGCAACACGAGUGGGCAGCCGGCGGCGGGCGGGUCUCCUGGCGGUGCGCAGCCGGCGGCGCUCGGCGUGCGUAGCUUCAUGGCACCGAAGCCUGUCGGGAGUUGCAUGGUGCGCGACGCCCCUCUCAUCCCGAACAUUCCGCCUCUCGCGCUUCCGUGUCCAGCGUGGGGAAAGAUUCCCACACUGGCCGCAGCGGGGGCAAUCGGCGACUAA